AUGAAAAAAAUCGAUCCCCAAGUUCCAUUUGGUGGUGUGAACGUCAUCUUCUUUGGUGAUUAUUUACAAUAUCGGCCAGUCUUUGAUUCACCAUUGCAUACUGAUUUUUCAUUAUCCUCAUCAUCAAAAAAGAAACAAGAAAAAAUACCAUAUGAAAAAGAAAUUCAACAACGUGUUUUACGUUCUUUAAUUCUUCAAAUGAAUUGUGGGGUAAAGCUUACACAACAGAUGCGAACAGAAGAUUUACGAUAUCUUCAAUUACUCGAUCGGCUUCGUCGUGGACAAUGCAAUUAUGAUGAUUACGAACUAUUGCAGACACGAGUUGUUGGACAACCAACAAUAGAAUCUCUACAUCAUUCGCCAUGGAACAAAGCUGCCAUUCAUAAUGCAACACAAAUGGGUCACCCAUCGACGAUAAGUGUUGCUCAAGAUGCAUGUAAAGGCAAAGCAAUCGAAGACCCAAUAUUGCGUAAAAAACUAUUAGAAUUAUCUGAUAGCAAGACAGAGCAUUUACCUGGCCUAUUACCCUUUGUACCAGGUAUGCCUGUCAUUUUAACGCAAAAUAUUGCUACUGAAUUAGGCCUUAUCAAUGGUAUUAAUGCAAUAUUUCGACAAUUAGUAUAUCAUGAAGAUUCGGUGACGACAGGAAAUUUAUCGGAAAUGUUCCCGAAUAAUACACAAUACAUUCGUCGACCGAUAUAUGCAUUAAUUGAGAUUGUUAAAUCAAAGAUUGAAUGCACACUUCAAGAUCUUGAACCAAAACUUAUACCAAUUCCAUUUAUAGAACAAACAUUUCGGGUUGACGUCGGUGACCUUAUUCCAAAAGAUAAGAAAGCCAAAUCAAAUCAAAAGACAAUUUUACCGAUUAAACGAUGUGCGUUACCACUUGUACCUGCUUAUUGUAUUACAACGCAUAAAAGUCAAGCAGUCUACGUACCACUAUCUCAUGUAAAACGUUUGGCCGAUUUAGCUAUUCUACGACCAUUUGAUUAUAAAGCUUUGCUGAUGAAACCAUCUAAAUCUCAAGUUACUGAAAUGGAAAGACUGGAUCACCUGUUUUUGAAUACACGAUCACGUUUUUCGGAAUGGUUUCGAUGA